AUGGAGAUGCAUAGGAUGCUCCUCCGCCGUCACGAUGCUAGUAUCCUGCAGCACAAUCUGUACUCUGGCGCCAAACUUGAGCUUCAGAAGUUUCGUCCCACGAGUAGGCUGCCAGAGCCCCCGACUCACGUUUCCGGUGUAGUCAAACUUCACAGGAGGCGUGGGAGGGAAAUCGGUGGUGAAGACGCCAGGCUGACCCUGAAUGUAUGCCUGCAUCAGGGAAUUCCUCCUGGGAAACACGAAAGACACAUUGUUGAUGCUGGCGGCCAAUCUGGUCCCGUUCGGGCCUUGGCAACGAGGACUGUUGGGAUUGGUACAGUUGAUAAGCCCCAGCCCUACCGUGAAGAACAAGUUGUCGUCAAUCUUGGUUGGUACGUUCACCUUGGAUUUGAGGCUCUUCACCUGGGAAGCGAAUGCACUGGCAGUGUUGGUGUCAUUGAAGGCCGGUAAUUGAGGAAGAAGCGGAGGUCGGCUCGAGGCAGACUUGUAUUCCAGGAUCGCAGUUGUGGUGGUGUUGUCGAAAGCUUGAUUCUGGCCGCUCUCAUAAGCUCGAGCUGCCAUGUAGUACUGACCAGGGGAUUGGUCAGCUUUCAGGAGAACAUUGGUCGUCUGGCCAGGCCCCACCAUCACGACAGAAGUCGUGAAGGGUUUUGUGUACGAAGCAUCGGCUUCCACGACAGUAAGCUUGUGGUUUGCCACUGCAAAGUACAGCUCUUGAUUCAAUGCCGAGUUGAUGAUCCUAAGGAGAAUCGUUUCUCCUGCUCUCACUGGGAACUUCAUGGUUUCUGCAGCGAUUUGCCAUCUCUUUAGUUAACUCAGCUAUUAGCAAAAAAACCAAAGAAAGAUUGGGAUUGGGGGUAGAGACUCCACCUUUGUUGGAGCAUCUGUAGAGAUCGCCUGGCUGGCCGUUAAUGGUGUAGGCAUCUGACACAUUCGGAGCUCCUCCAGUGAAAAGUGCCUGCUUCUGAACAUCCAGUGGAUUCCUAUCCCACCACUGCCCUGCAAGUUCAUUGAAUUAGUUCAGUACUUAGAAGUAUGGAAGAAGAAGAAGAAGGAACUUGGUAAGAAACUGAAUGUUGCAGUAUACCUAGCAUGACAGGGAAUUCUCUCUUAGGCAUGGGGAAAGGGUACGGAGAUCCCUUUUCCGGACGGACGAUGAGAGCACCAUAGACGGUGGCUCGGAGCCAUCUGCUGUGAGCAUGCCACCACAUUGUGCCUUCCUGGUUUUCGAGUGUGUAACGGUAAGUAUAGCUCCUCCCUGGCUGGAUGGGGCAUUGAGUCACGUACUCUGGACCGUCGGCCCAUGGAUUCCGUAGCUGCUUCACUCCAUGCCUGAACAAAGAACAACGUACAGAGGGUUCUGAGUUAUCAUGAAAGGAAUAUCUUGUUAUGCUGUUCACGAUGAAGCUGUGAUGUUGAGUCGACUAGUUUUACCAGUGGAGGGAUAUGUUAUAUUGAGCUUUGUUGAUGGCCUUGAUGACAAGUGUGUCGCCAUUUCGGACCUCCAAUGUCGGCCCUGGGAACUGGCCGUUCACUGUGAUGGUGCUAUGAGUUCUGCACAACCUCUUCACUGGUUUUGCUUCGAUCUGUUUCAGUUCAUUCAUUAUAAUUCCAUACUUACAUUUUGAACAGACCAAAUAGCAGAAGUGAAACGAAGGUGAGAAAAGGCGUUAUUAACACGUACAACAAAUUUGUGGAAGUGAACUUUAGCUUCAGAGAAUGAAGCUAAGAAUGCGAAUGUGAAGACGGCUAGCAGGCCAAGUAAGUAAGCAGAGGAUUGCUUUGACGGGUUUCGGAGAAGCUCCAUCGUCGCUGCUAUGUCGACAGAACGGAUUUUGUUUAUGGUAAUGGUUAAUGGGUUUGGAUGGUUGGAUUGCUGUGGAUGAAGAAGACGAGGGUGAAGUGUUUAUAUAGUGAAGCAUGCACUUACUCAGACGGCAUUUAAAAUUCUUUUGUUUGGGAGCUUAGGUGGUGACUCAAGAGAGGGUUCUUCUGUUUAACAGUUGCAGAGAGGGAAAACAUGAAGUUGGUCAUAACUAUAAUCAACGAUUUGGUGCACCCACUAAGUAAGCUUAGUUCGUUCAAUAACUAAAUCUCGUAGUUUGUUGUUCAGCUGGCGCACAUGUCCGUACUGAGUUGGUCAGCAUGCAUACCAGUUUUUAUGAAUUCAAAUAUAUGAAUAUUUCAGCAUACAAUUGACAAUCAAUUAUAUGAUUGUACGUGGUAAUUUAACGAGUCC